AUGUUAUCAGAAGUCGUCGGAAAUGAAUUUGUUGUGCAACGUUUGGCUGCCUUCGCAAAGCAAGGGAAUACACCAAAUAUCAUUAUUUCGGGACCACCAGGGUGUGGCAAAACAACGAGUAUGUGGGCACUAGCACGAGAGAUGCUUGGUGAUCGCCUUAAAAGUGCAUGCUUGGAACUGAAUGCUUCCGAUGAUAGGGGGAUAGACGUUGUGCGAAAUAAAAUCAAAAACUUUGCACAAAGUAAGGUAACGUUACCACCGGGAAGACAUAAAGUGGUUAUACUGGAUGAAGUGGAUUCAAUGACGGAGGGAGCACAACAGGCGCUCCGCAGAACAAUGGAGGUAUACAGUAAAACGACUCGUUUUGCACUUGCUUGUAAUCAGUCUGGGAAGGUUAUAGAACCGAUUCAAUCUCGGUGUGCUAUUUUACGGUUUUCGAAACUUUCUGAGGAACAAAUUGUGAAAAGAUUGUUGCAAGUAUGUGAGGCAGAAAGAGUAACUUACGAUGAUAGCGGGAUUGACGCCUUAGUUUUUACUGCCCAAGGAGACAUGCGACAAGCUCUCAACAACUUACAAUGUACAGUAGUUGGUUUCAAUAAUGUCACGGCUGAUAAUGUUUUCAAGGUAUGUGAUGAGCCACAUCCACAAAAGGUAAUGCAAAUGAUUGAGCACUGCAUUCAUGGAAACGUCAUCAAAGCUGGUGAAAUUUUGCACAGUCUUUAUCGGAUGGGUUAUUCAUCAGAAGAUAUCCUCAACAACAUGGUUCGUGUGUGUAAAACAGUCAACAUUCCUGAAUAUUUGAAACUGGAAUACGUGAAGGAAAUUGGUUUGUGUCAUGUGCGAGUUGUGGAAGGACUUAGCUCACUGCUUCAAUUGUCUGCAUUACUUGCUCGAAUGUGUCUUAAACAAAGUCAGUGA